CCAUGACAAUUCCUCGCUCCCGAAUGAAAUGGCUCAUCUCUCACAAAUAUCCAUCUUUCUUCAACCCUGACAAGAACCCCCGGUUACGAGACGCACCAAAGGUUUUUCCACUAGCUAUUAAAGAGAGUCCGAAACUGAAUGUGUACUUGGGUCGAGUAGUCAGAACGGAGUAUCCUCGUACUUGUGUAGUUCAGGUUGAGAAUACGGAAAUACACCCUGAAAUACACAGAGUUUACCAGAACAAGCACUGGAUACACGUACACGAUCCAGGACAGGAGUGUUAUAUCGGAGAUGAGGUGAUGAUAAACCCCAGGACUCCACCACACGGUGUUCAAUACCAUGGUAAACCUUAUCAGGUUUUAAAGUUUUUAUCCAGAGCAGAAGGAUACACGGACCAUUAUAAUGGAAAAGUGUGGAUCCGCAGUGAAAAACCAUCCAGCUACAGGCUGGAAGAUACCCGUACGAGACCAGCGUACAUGUCAGAGUUCCUCUUUACCCAAAACCUGAAGACGAUUAAGGGAACACGUUCCGUUCUAGAGGUGGAAGCGUACGGAAAGAGGGCGCACGAUGUGGACGAGGACUAGAGUGUCACGUGAUGACUUGACGUCACCAGAUUAACAUGUUACGUCACCAAAUAAACAUGUGACGUCAUCAGAGAUACAUGUGACGUCAUCGCAUUUAACUCCAAGCAUUGCAAGGCUAGAUCUCUGUGGUCCCAGAAAUCAGAACUUCCCAGCACAGUAUAAAUUAAUGUUUACUCUGUUGAGAUGAUAAGAGCGUGAUUGCAAUCAAGAUUAGGAUUAACUUUAGUAGGAACAAUGAGAUUCUCCUGGAGGCCUACUAAUAUAUACAACACUUCAUGUAUCGUUAUCCGAAUACCACUAACGCGUUAGUGGUAUUCGGAUUUGUUUAUAAUUUAUACUAAUUUAUUAAAUUUUAGUUUUGAUACAAUGAAAA